UAAAACUCCCAAGUGGCCAAACCCCAAGUAUCAACUUAAGUGCACUUGUUGUCUAGUUAAUCAAACGAGACACUCCCCCAUGCCGGCCUUAAACCGUCACCUGAAUCCUCUUUGUCUCUGUUGCUCUCUUUCCUCCUCGUUUUAACCGAACCCCACCAUUAUUCUUUUACCACAUCCAUAUCUUUGUAACCUUCAAAACCCCCAUAAUUAUUAACACCCCACCCGUUUCUUCUUCUCUUUUGGUAAACACCAUAAUGAAAAACGGUUCCAGAAGCAAGUUUCUGCUUUGCUUCCGACCCGUGGUCGACAUGGAAAUGGUGGUCGAGUCUAAAGGUGUCGUCGUUGAUCGUCCUACGCGCAGAAGUAGAACUAAGCCUAUCGAGAACACCAAGGUCGAAAAGACCAAGGUGGUGGAGGUGAAGGAGGAGGAGGAGGUGAAAGUCCAAGCCCCGUUAACCAAAACCAUGUCUUUGGAUAGAGAGUGCUCCAUGAUCAGUUCUCAGAGCUCCAAGAUGCCUCGGUCUCGUCACAAUCGGACGUUUUCCCGGGUCAUCAAAGCCGUGGUCUUCGAAACGAUUCUGGCCAAGAAGGUUCGGGACGGCAGAGUUGUCCGGCAAGACUCGUUCGGAUCGAAACGGAGCUAUUCAAUGAACAGACGAAAGUCUCUGAGUUUGGAGACUAAUGAAUUGAUGAUCACACCUGCAGAAACUAACUCUCAUGAAGUCAAAGUCAAUUCUAGUUCGAAUCCGGACUCUGCAAAACAUAGCACGAAGAAUCAAGAAGACUCUGUUACGAAGCCGAAGAAGAACGAAAAGGGUUCCUGUGAGCUCAAUUCCGGAAUGUAUUUACUUCUUAUCAGCCUCGGAAUCACUGUUUUCUGGGGGAGGGUGUUUGCUAUUCUCUUCACAUCACUUUGGCUCUACUUUUUCACAUGGAGUUGCCCAACUAGUUAUCGCCGGCGUCCGGAAAACGUUAGAAAGUGGUCGGAGGCGGAGUCCAGGGAUCAGAAGAGGAGGGUCAUAAUGGAAGGGUUGAUUGAAAGAAACCACCAUUUCCACAGUAGUCAGAGAGAGCAUUAAAUUUUUGACGUGGAAAUUGGAAGUGUUCUGUUUCGUGUAACCUUUGCUUGGAAAAUUUAAGUCUUAAGGGCAAAAGGACAGAACUUUCUUGUGGA